AUGUCGUUAGUGCCUAAGCGCCGCAAGCGGGCUUGGAUGAGGAGGUUAAAAGGCGCUUCUGGGAGAGUUUGGACGAGCGAGGUGCAUGGUGGCUUCAGCUUUGGGGAUAAGAACGGAGGAGGUUCCUCGCUGUUGGAUUUUGCUAAGGCUUUCGAGCUGGUGAUUGUGAACUCGAGUUUUCCGAACCGAAGUUCGAUUGUGAAAACUCAAAUUGAUUACCUCCUCUUCAGAAGGUGUGAUAGAGGGUUGUAUAGGGAUUGCAAGGUUAUCCCGGGUGAGACCCUCGCGACCCAGCAUAGGCUCUUGGUAAUGGACGGAGGUAUUACGAUAAGGAGGAAGAAGAGGUAUGCUCGUGGUCAACCGAGGAUUAGGUGGGGAGCCUUAACUAAGGAUAAAGCCCAAGUGUUUGAGGGGAGGUUAUCGGCUAUGGGAGCAUGGAAGAGUAGUGAGGACGCCAGCGCUAUGUGGGCUACGACGGCGAACUGCGUUAAGGAGGCGGCAAGAGAGGUGCUAGGGAUUUCGAAGGGUCACUCUGGGAGGCACCAAGGCGACUGGUGGUGGAAUGACAUAGUCCAAGGCAAAGUGGAGGCGAAGAAGGAAGCGUAUUUGAAGUUGGUAGGGAGCACAUGCGAGGAGGAGAGGAGAGCGAAUAGAGAGGGGUACAAGGUAGCAAGAAAGGAGGCUAAGCUAGCGGUCACAGAGGCUAAGAAUGCAGCAUUUGGCCGACUGUAUGAGGAAUUGGGGAAAAUGGCGGGGAUAAAAAGUUGUUUUGAUUUGCUAAAGCGAGGGAGAUGA